GAAGACACAAAAAAGUUCGGAGCAAACUCCCAUCAAACAAAUCACGCGGAUUCUCAGAAGACAAUAACAUGAAGCAAAAGAUCCUGAUAAGAAUUGCUAUGACUGAUGACACAACUCGAGCAAAGGCAAUGAAAACUGCGGUUCAGUUUAAAGGCGUGAACGCUGUGGAAAUAAAGGGAGAUCACAGGAACCAGAUUGAGGUGACCGGUGUUGAAGUCGAUAUGAUUGCUCUAAUCAACACACUCAGGAAAAAAGUUGCAUUUGCGGAGCUUGUUAGCGUAGCUAAAGUUGAACCACCUAAGGAUGGUGACAAAAAGCCAGAAGAAGAAAAGAAACCCGAAGAGAAGAAACCCGAAGAGAAGAAACCUGAAGAGAAGAAACCUGAGCCAUGUUGUCAACCAUGGCAAAAACCUGAGCCAUGUUAUCAACCAUGGCCUCAUGAUGGAUAUGGUGUGCCAUCUUCCUAUCCCUACCCGUGUGAUCCCUACAAUCAGAUCGGGGAACCCGUUUACAAUCAAGAUCCCAAUUGCAGGAUCAUGUGAGAUAGGUUUCAUGUGGAAGAUUAACGGAGGAGAUAGCAGUUUUUCUAUACUAAGAUUGUCAACAUGUUAAUGCAAUUUGAUAGUCAGAUUUGUUAAAUGAAUAAAAAGUCUUGAGCUAUCAGUAUCACACAAAUUCUCUACUUGUAGAUGCUCUUAUAACAUGUAAAGCCAAAUCUUGUUAUC